UAUGAAGGUCUCAGCUCCAAUCACAUCCCACUGUGGAGCUUGAUUACGAUCACCUGUGGGUGCACUUUCCAUCAAGGUGGUGCCGGCCAACAAUCUGACUUUAUCACCUUUAACUGUAUAUAUUAUGUUUCCAAAGUCCAUUGUCACCGGACCGCGGUUAUUUUUGCCUUGAAUCAUGCUCACCAGCACAGGCCCAGUGUAUGAGGGAGCUCUUCUUGGAUGAAGGGCUUGAAGACCGCGUCCUGGACGAUUUAAGACAUUUACAGCAAAGUUAGAUCAUCUAGUGAGGGAGUAUACACCAUACCAGGAAGACAGACUGCUGUGUCUUCUGAUGUGCAGCUUUGGGAGUCAAAGAUGAUGCAGUCAAAAGCAAUGGAAGACUUCAGGAAAAACAAUAUCAACUCAUCCAACUUUGUGCUGCAGCUCCCUGCCAACUACACUCAGGCCAAUCAAGAACUCACAGCCUCAGUUGUGAUCCCUACAAGUCAGAAUAUAAACCGUUUCCCAAUCAAGAACAACUCGGAGACUCUUGCUACUUUUUCUCUCCCUGCUGGGUUAGCUUACCCUGUGCAGAUACCAGCUGGAGUCACUCUUCAAACAGCUUCUGGUCAACUUUACAAGGUCAACGUUCCUGUUGUGGUUACUCAGGCCCCAGCAGGUCAGCAACCUGUAUUCCAACCUCAACAGAAAGUCACUGAUUGGAGAAAACGUUCUGCCCCUCAGUCAGCUGCAGUCCAACCAAACACCAUUCAUCCUCAGGAGGUGGCGCCAUCCUCUGUUCUAGCUACUUCUGUCACUCAGCCGCCACAUCCAAAGACCAAUUUACCCCCCGGUCAGCAGAGCAGCCACCCCCAGCAGCCCCAAGUUCCUGCUGCUGAGACAUCGCAGCUUCAGGGGGCCCACUCGCCAGAGCAAGAGCUCACAUUGGAAGAAAAUGAGCCGAGUCCACAACCUGAACCUGUGAACCUCAGUAUGACCGCCUCACCCCACAGUCAGCUAUUAGACUUCCAGAUCAGCGCUGAGGAGGCUUUGGCACAGACGGCACAGUUAAAGACCAGAGACAUUGAUGACAUCCUGAAACAAGUGAUUGAGGAGGAGAGAGAGAAAGCAGAAAGGGCGAGGAGUCUAGCGCCUGCAAAGAAUGACAACCAGCCUGCUGCUGUUCUUGGGCUGGACCUGGACUACAACUACAGCGAGCUGUCAGACAUUGUUCAGCUGGAUGGUCCUGCAGACAACUCUGACAUCGAGGAGGAAGAGGGAGUUCCCCUGGAAGAGAAUGACUUUCUGGGUAUAAUCAACGCAGAGGCCAUAAAGGCUCUGCAGGAAGGAGAUGGAAGCAGUGAUGGCAACAGCAUCUCCUCCAGCAGCGACGGCGAGGGAGCAGAUGAACUCGCUAAUGUAGAGGAAGAGGAUCCUUUGAAUUCAGGUGAUGAUGUGAUUGAGCAGGACAUCCCAGAUCUCUUUGACACUGACAAUGUAAUCGUUUGCCAGUAUGACAAAAUCCACCGCAGUAAGAACCGCUGGAAGUUUCAUUUGAAAGAUGGAGUGAUGUGUUAUGGAGGCAGGGACUACGUGUUCUCUAAAGCUGUUGGAGAAGCUGAGUGGUAAUGAGCUUUAGUUCUCUUGCACACAUCAGAUAAUCAGAAAAACAAUCAGUGACUUUAGACCUCUUGGUGGUGUUAUUUGGCUCACGGAGCAGGCAGUUAAAACACCACUAUGCAAAAUCACUGAUACUUUUUGUUUAUUUCAUUAUGUAAUUAUCAGAGCAAUACUGCAAGUCAUUUACGUUGUUGCAACCAAUUACUUACAAUGUUGCAUGUGAAUCCAAUCAACUGAGGCAAACAGCAUGAAUUUAUGUUGUAUAAUAUUUGCUGAGAAUAGUUUACUUUAGUAGUGGAGCAAAACAUUAUUUGACCUGGAUUGUGUUUUCUUCUGUCAUGAUCAUGUUGCUUUGAAGGUACCUAAUGUGCUGUUUGAUUUUCAAACAUUGUGAUUUCUUGUCUUUAAUCACGCUUCAAAUACACUGACCUGCACUGUUGUGCUGCAUUCAAUAAACCCUUUUCUUUAUGUGCAACCCUGUACAAAGCCAGUGUUGUUGUCAU